AUGGGCAAGAAGAAGCGCGGUCACCCCGACAUCGAGGAGGUUCUCGCACGUCCUUGGUGCUACUACUGCGAGCGCGACUUUGAUGAUCUAAAGAUUCUCAUCUCACAUCAAAAGGCAAAGCAUUACAAGUGCGACAGAUGCGGGCGUAGACUCAACACAGCUGGAGGUUUGUCUGUUCACAUGAACCAAGUACACAAGGAGAAUCUGACUACGGUGGAAAAUGCUCUGCCCAACCGCUCCGCUCCCGAUAUUGAGAUCUUUGGUAUGGAAGGCAUUCCCGACGAUGUCAUGCAGCAACACAACCAGCGAGUCAGCCACGAGUUCUUCGCCGCCGAGGCCGACCGUCGCGCUGCUUCAGGUAAUCCUGCUCCUGGUUCAACCAUUCAAGGAGCUGCAGGUACCAAGAAGCCGAAGCUCGAAUCACCAGCCGAGUUGAAGGCACGCUUGGCCGAGCACAAGGCAAGAAAGGCAGCUGAGAAGUCGGGCUUGGGUAGCGCUCCCGACACUCCUGUAAGUUUGACUGUCAUAUCACCCAGCUUUUCUGAGUACUUACUCGUCAACAAGGCCGACGUCGCCACUCCUCCUCAAUUCCAGUCAAGCUUCCCUCCUCCUUCGGCACCACAAGCCGCCAGCCCUCCUCCCACCGCUUACCCGCCCCAGCCCUAUGGCCAACCCCCAGCUGCGUAUGGUCAACAACCCCCGCCCUUCAAUUAUGGCGAACCGCCGUACGGAGCACCUCCAGGGCCAUUCCCGCCAGGUCAGUUCGGAUCCCAGCCAUCGUAUUCACCCUCACAGCCAUAUGGCGGUCAAGGCCCUCCUGCGCCUUUUGCUCCUCCUGCUCAGUACGCCUACCCGCCGCACUCUGCAAGCCCACCUCAAUACCAAAACUCCCGCCAUGCUCCGCCCAUGAGUCCACCUUCACAGGACUUGCCGACGCGUCAGAAUAGCCUUCCAUCAGCUCCAGGCCUACCGCAGCGCCCUACUUUCAACGCUCCUCAUGUUAGCCGGGAGCAACUCGCCGAAAUGCACAGUGGAAACAUGGGUGGUCCUGUUGCUCCUCCACAAGAGUCUGGUGCUAACGCAACAAGCGUGGAUGAACUCAUCUCGGGCGCUGCAGCGCAGCAAUCUGCAAAGUCAGUUCCGUCACAACAGCCAACGCCUACUCCAGCUCCGGAAAAGGAAGCCGAAGGAGGCAGCAAGAAGUCCAAGAAGGCCACCCGUCUCGUCUAUUCUGAUCAAGAAGUGUCUCCUGAAGAAAAGAUGGCCCAAAUGCCCAGGUAUGCCUUUACUCCAGACAAAGGUGGCGAAACUUACCUGGCCCCCGUCGAGGCAAACGUUACUGGCGUCGUUCGGGGCCCCGACGAUGUGAUUGAUGCACAGGGGUAG